CAACUCUCUCUUUCUCUUUCACUCUAACCCUAUAACCUAAGCUCUUCACCACCACCACCCCUGCCGCCGGCCACCACCACCGCCGGAAGCACCACCGCCCUAGCACCACCACUAUAAGCAGAACCACCGCGUAAUAUUCUCACUCCAUGUCUUUCUCUUUUCUUGCUUGAUUGCAGCAGUGGAGUGAUGUCAGAGGGGGAUAACAAGAACCCAGGUAUGCAAAAUUACAGAUCUGCAAAAUCAAAGUUUGUGUUUAUUUCUGUUUUUCACGGUGGUGGUUGUGGUGAAUUCGCCGAAUGAAGUCGAUGGUGGUGGUGGGUGUUGGUGGAAGUUAGAAAGAGAGAGAGAGAGUUGUAAAUUUUGGGGAUUUGGUUUUGCUCGAUUGAGGUUUCUUGUAGGCUAUCAAUUUGGUUUUUUGUAGAUUUUUUGGUGAGGUUUUUAGUGGUGGUCAGAUUUGGUGGACAGUGGUGGUGGUCACAUCGCCGGAACUCGUCUUUAAUUACUUCAAAACUGCCCCCAAAUUCUCCCUCUAUUUAACAACAUUUUCUUCAAAAAAAAAAUCAAAACUUUUUUACAGAUGGAAGAAUGGUUUCAAUCCAACAGAAAUGGGUUCUUCUCAUAAUAUCUUUUUGGCUCUUUUCAUAUGUGUUUUGCUGGCACAUAUUACUACAAUCUUCACUUAUGCUAAGACAUAUCUUGUUGGAUCUUGUUCAAAUAUGCCAAGGUAUAUUUGAUGAAAAAUCAUCAAAUGCUUGCUUCUGUUAAUAGUGGAAGGUAUUGAACUUGUGGAACAUGGGUUUACAGUGGCUGUCAUAGUGGUGGUGGUGGCGGAUUAGAUAGUGGUGGGGGUUGGUUGGAGAGAAAGAACUGAGAUUGAGAUGAGAGAGAUUGGUGAUGGUGGUUAUGGUGGUGGCGGUGAAAGAAGGAAGGGAAUUAAUCAAAAGCUAAGAAAUAGAAGUGGGUUUUUAAAAUUGAGUUUUAGUUUUCUUUAAUUAAGUUGGUAAAAUAAGUAAACUACCCUUAAUUGAUUAAACUUAACUAAAAAUUAUAACCUGGUUAGUGUUAAAGGACGAAAAAUGUAAUGAGUUUUCCAAAUAAAGGACUGUGACUGUAAUUAUUAAAGUUAAAGGUCAUCCAUUGCAAUACGAUACAAACAUAAAGGACAAAAAUUGUAAUUUACCCUAAAAUAUAAGAAAAAACUAAUUAUUAUUAAUCAUUUAAAAUACAAACCCUAAACCGUAGUCACCUCCGGCUUUCUUUGUCUCAUUCCUUUCUUUCUCUCUCUAACCCUAAUAACCUGCCACCACCACCACCUAUCGACUACCUCUGGCUGCCACCACCAGCCGUAGACACCUUCGGCUACCACCACUAGAUGAGAUCUAAAACCAGGUAAGUACCUGACAUUGGUGAGGAUGGGAAAGAUGGUGGUGGGAGUGAUACAGGAUCGACGACGGACGAGGGCUUCUAUUCUGAUACACACCAUCAUUCAUGACUAGAUUAGAAUUUUGAUUUUGUAUCUAGCUUCUUUUCUAAUAAUGGUGGGAGUGAUACUGGACCAACUGUAACCACCACGACUUCGGCGACAAAAUCUGACUAAGGUUUGAAUUUGGGGGGUUUGGAUUUAAGGUUUGAAUUUGGUCCGAUUUUGACCAGAGGUGCGUUGGUAGUUCAAAAUGACGUUGUUGGUGGAAACGAGGGCGUUGGGUGGGAGGCGGUGGUAGUGGCGGCCAUGUUAGGUUGUGCGGUGGCUGGUUGUGAAGGUGGUGGUCAGUUCGACGUACACCGAAUCUAUUAAACAAAUACAACCGAUGAUAAAGAUGAUAGGGAGUGGAUGAGUUGGCAGAAUGGCAGGUGGGGUGCGAUGAUGAUCUGUUUCAGAUCUAUUUCAAUAAACAGAGUAUAGCAGAAUGGCAGGUGGGGUGCGAUAAUGGUUGUGAAGGUUGUUGUGUGGGGUAGGUGGUCGUGUGGGGGUGGGUGGUGGCAGGUGGUGGUGCUUGUGGCGGCAGGUGGUGUGGGGGGUUUUCCUGAGAGAGACAGAGUAGAGAGAGAGUCAAAGUGUGUGUAUGAUUUUUUUAUAUUUUAAUAAAAGUAAGGGGUAAUUUUGUCAUUUUACAUGGACUUAACGGAGAAAACUAACCCCCAUCCACUCCAGAGACUAUCUAAGUAACAAAUUGUUAAACCACAGAGACCAAAGAUGUAAUUUCCAAAAGUUAGGAACCACAAAUAUUAUUUUAUAAAACCACAGGGACUAACCGUGCAUUUUACUCUAAAUUUUUAAUCCCUUAGUAAACCAAACACCUUCUCCUUAAACUGGUCAAAAGCCUGUCCUCUUCUUCAAACCAGUUGCAGCCGUAAAACCAAAGUAAAUUUACCAAACACCUUCUCCUUAAACAAGUCAAAAGCCUGUCUUCUUCUUCAAACCAAUUGCAGGUCUCCAAUGGCGACAAUAUCAGAAAUCUCCGCAGCAAUCAACGAAAUAACCAUCAAGAAACAAACCCUUUACAAAUCAUUCAUCCACCUUCAAUCCCAAACCCCCUCUUCCUUCACCCUCCCUUUCACCUGGGCCCACAUCGAUUCCCACUUCACAACCCUCCACAAAACCCUCCUAUCCAAAUUCACCCUCCUCCAAACCCUCCACCAAUCAACCCGACCCGAAUUAAUAUCCCUCUGCCAGAACUCAGAUGGGUCAGGGCUGACCCGGUUCAUUGAACAGCUUGAACUUGCUCUUGAUCAAGAUCAACCGUCCGUUUUGUCUUCUGAACUGGUUGAUGCAUACCGGUUCGCACCCGAUGCUUUUAGAAUGGUGUUGGAUGCAAUGGGUUGUGAGGGGGGUGAAUUUGAAUUGGUUAGGGGUGGGUGGGUGGUUAUGUUGGAGGGUUUGGUGAGGGCGGAGGCGGGUGGAGUGGCGGAUGAGGUGAAGGAUAGAGCGAUGGAGAUAGCAGUGAAGUGGAAUCGAAUGAGGGUUGAGGGGAAAGAAGAAAGUGUGUUGGGGUUUUUGCUUCUUGUUUGUGCUUAUGGGAUUGUUGAUAGGUUUAGUGUUGAUGAUGUUGUUGAUUCUUUUGUUGUUGUGGCAGAGGAUAGGCGUAGUGUUGAUCUUUGUCGACGAAUUGUUCCUGCAAGUAAUGUGAAUGAUAUUAUUCAAAAACUCAUAGAUAAAGAUAUGCAUGUUCCUGCUGUAAAGUUUAGCAUUGAACUUCAAAAAACUGAUAAAUUUCCACCGGUUGGUCUCCUGGAACAGCGCAAGUUAAGAUCUUUGAGCGUAAUUGAGGAUGCGCGUAAGAACGUGAAGAAUCUUCAUGUUUGUAAUGUUGUAAUAAUGAAGGAAAUCAACACGUUGAAGUCGAUCAUCAAAUGCAUCGAAGAGAAUCACUUGCAGUCAGAGUAUCCAAAGGAUAGUGUGGUUGAACUUGUGAAUAGACUCGAGAACGAGGUGGAAAACAAUAAACAGGCUCUUGUGAACAAUCUGUGUUUACGAAAACAACCAACAAGAGCGGCCGUGUUGACGAACGAUCAGCGACCAAAAAAACAACCAGCUAGAGCGGCUGCUUUAACGAACAAUAUGCGAUUAAGAAAACAACCGGCAAGAGCGGCCGCAUUGAAGAACCAGCUGCGAGUAAGAAAACAACCAGCAAGAGCUACUGUGUUGAAGAACCAGCUGCUAUCAAAGUCAAAGAAGCGAGAACUAAACAAAGGUCAACCGGUGACUGAAUCUGCUGCAGUAGCGACGCCUAUACAAAAUGGUAAGUUGGUGCAAAAAUCCCGUUCACAGAGAUCAAAGUCAAAGAAGCGAGAACUAAACAAAGGUCAACAGGCUACUGAAUCUGCUGCAGUAGCAACGCCUAUACAAAAUGGUAAGUUGGUGCAAGAAUCCCGUUCACAGAAAUCAGAUUUGUUGCCGGAUAAUUUUGAUAAAUGCCGCAAUUCGCCAGUUGGGUCGGGUCCCACUGGUUCGAAUGCUCCAUAUGCAAGCCCGGUUGUGAGUCAUGAUGGGUUGGUAAGAGCAAUUAUUGGUGACAACCCGAAUGGUUCAAAUUCGCCACUUGGGUCGGGUCCCACAGGCUCAAAUGCUCCAUAUGCAAGCCCGGUUGUGAGUCGUGAUGGGUCGACAAAAGCAGUUAUUGGUGACGACCCGAAUGGUUCAAAUUCUCCACUUGGGUCGGGUCCCACUGGUUCAAAUGCUCCAUAUGCAAGCCCGAUUGCAAGUCAUGAUGGGUCGACAAGAGUAGAGAUUAGUUAUGACUUCUAUGCUCAACAGUUACAACCUCCUUCUGAUUGUAAUUCAUGUGGUUGGAUAUCGGAUUGAAACCGAUGUUUAUAAAGCCGGAUCAGUAUCUUGAGGAGCCACAAGUUUGGUUUGCUCAGCUAAACUACUUGUCAUCGAACCGGUCAAAACUGACUUUUUUUUCUCUUGUAAUCUAUGGUUUUUGAACUUUGUAUCAUAUAUUGUAAUAUUAUCAAUGUUUAGUAGAUAUAUAUAUGGGGCAAAAAGGCUAAAAUUCCGUGUUA